AUGGCAUUUCAACUCAAGAACAAGUCUGAAGUGGCGACCAAAUUUGCAGAAUUUGUCGCGUGGGCGGAAACCCAGACUGGCAAGCGCGUGAAGCUUCUUCGUUGUGACAAUGGUGACGAAUACACCUCCUAUGCGAUGAUCAAGCUGUGUGUGGACCGUGGCAUUGUGCAGAAAUUAACGCCGCUGUACACUCCUUAA